GGGGACACGGCUGUCACCACGGAGUCCGCCAGCGCCAACACCGCGGCGGCCACCGCCGCUUCGCGGGCCGCGGGUGCCGGGGACCAGGCAACCUCGCUGCCCCCGCCCAGGAUGCAGCGCAGGAAGAGGAACGCGGGCAGCAGCUCGGACGGAACGGAGGACUCGGAUUUCUCCACGGAUCCCGAGCACACGGACAGCUCUGAGAGCGAUGGCACCUCGCGGAGAUCCGCCCGCGUCACCCGCUCCUCGGCCAGGCUCAGCCAGAGCUCCCAGGACUCCAGCCCGGUGCGCAGCGCGCCGGCGUUCGGGCCGGACGAGCCGGUGUACUCCACGCGCAGGGUGACGCGCAGCCAGCAGCAGCCGGCUCCCGUCACCCCCAAGAAGUACCCGCUGCGACAGACGCGCUCCUCCGGCUCCGAGACCGAGCAGGCCGUGGAGUUCUCCGACAGAGACACCAAGAACGCGGCGGAUCAGGACGAGUCCCCUCCCCGCACGCCCACGGGCAACGCGCCCUCGUCCGAGUCCGACAUCGACAUCUCCAGCCCCAACGUGUCCCACGACGAGAGCAUCGCCAAGGACAUGUCCCUGAAGGACUCGGGCAGCGACCUGUCCCACCGGCCCAAGCGCCGCCGCUUCCACGAGAGCUACAACUUCAACAUGAAGUGUCCCACGCCCGGCUGCAACUCCCUGGGACACCUGACCGGGAAGCACGAGCGCCACUUCUCCAUCUCGGGCUGCCCUCUCUACCACAACCUCUCAGCAGACGAGUGCAAGGUGCGAGCUCAGAGCCGGGACAAGCAGAUUGAGGAGCGGAUGUUGGCCCACAGGCAGGAUGACAACAACAGGCACGCCACCAGGCACCAGGCCCCCACAGAGAGGCAGCUGCGGUACAAAGAGAAGGUGGCUGAGCUCAGGAAGAAGAGGAACUCGGGGCUGAGCAAGGAGCAGAAGGAGAAAUACAUGGAGCACAGACAAACCUACGGCAACACCAGGGAGCCUCUCCUGGAGAACCUGACCAGCGAGUACGACCUGGAGCUGUUCCGGAGGGCUCAGGCGCGCGCCUCCGAGGACCUGGAGAAGCUGAGGCUGCAGGGGCAGAUCACCGAGGGCAGCAACAUGAUCAAGACCAUCGCGUUCGGGCGCUACGAGCUGGACACCUGGUACCACUCGCCCUACCCCGAGGAGUACGCGCGCCUCGGGCGCCUCUACAUGUGCGAGUUCUGCCUCAAGUACAUGAAGAGCCAGACCAUCCUGCGCCGGCACAUGGCCAAGUGCGUGUGGAAGCACCCCCCGGGCGAUGAGAUCUACCGCAAGGGCUCCAUCUCCGUCUUCGAGGUGGACGGCAAGAAGAACAAGAUCUACUGUCAGAACCUUUGUCUGCUGGCAAAGCUUUUCCUGGACCACAAAACCCUUUAUUACGACGUGGAGCCUUUCCUCUUCUACGUCAUGACGGAGGCUGACAACACCGGCUGCCACCUGAUCGGGUAUUUCUCCAAGGAGAAGAAUUCCUUCCUCAACUACAACGUGUCCUGCAUCCUGACCAUGCCCCAGUACAUGAGGCAGGGCUAUGGCAAGAUGCUCAUUGACUUCAGCUAUUUGCUGUCUAAAGUAGAAGAAAAAGUUGGCUCCCCGGAGCGUCCCCUGUCCGACCUGGGCCUGAUCAGCUACAGGAGCUACUGGAAGGAGGUUCUGCUGCGGUACCUGCACAACUUCCAGGGCAAGGAGAUCUCCAUCAAAGAGAUCAGCCAGGAGACCGCCGUGAACCCCGUGGACAUCGUCAGCACGCUGCAGGCCCUGCAGAUGCUCAAGUACUGGAAGGGCAAACACCUGGUGCUCAAGAGGCAGGACCUGAUCGACGAGUGGAUCGCCAAGGAGGCCAAGAGAUCCAACAGCAACAAGACCAUGGACCCCAGCUGCCUCAAGUGGACCCCUCCCAAGGGCACCUAAGGGUCCCCAGCGGCGUCCCCAGCGCAGGAGCAGCCUGUGAUUGCCUGCUGCAGUGUCCCCAGGGCGGGUCACCCCCCGUCCCCGGCCCUUUGUCCCCACAGUUCUGAGGAACUCGGAUGUUUCGGCCUCAGUGAGGCCGCCAGGACUGGAAGUGUCGGGGAGCUGAGGAGCUGCGCUUGCUGUCCCCUGUCCCCUGUCCCCUGUCCCCUGCUCCGUGGCCCUGUCCCUCCUGCAGCCCCCCUGGCUCUGGGACAACGUCUGGAAACGCUUCUCUGGGGCAGCCCCGGCUCGGAACCGCUCCCGUUCCCCCUGUCUGAAGUAGCUGUAGUGGGAUCGUCUCCCCCCAGUUCCAGCAGCUGUCCCGAGGAUCCAGCAGAUCCUCGCUGGGUUUCCUGUGCUUCAGCUGGAAUUGCAGCUCCCGCAGCCCAGGGAGCCUCUGGGUGUUCCUGCCUCCCGCUCCCGGAGCCCCCACAGCUGGAAGCACCUCUGGAUUAGAGCCCCCGUUCUUUCCUGGUGUGUAUCUCGUGGAAUUGCUGAGUUCCUGUACAUAAACAACCUGCUGAGUGUAUUCCCCUGGAGAUGGUUUGGGAUUUUCG